GAGUGGGGGCAGCGGGAGAUUGGGGAGCCUGGAGCCUGCGGGAGACGGUGGGGAUGGGGCCUCAGGCGUGACAGGUGCUCUGCCUGCCACCAGGUGUGUGUGCUGGGCUGGCCCCGGGGCUCUGCCCACUCCCGUGUCUGCCCGCCCUGCCUGGGGACCCUGGGGCCUGCGCACGCUCAGCCCCCAAGACUGUCAUGUCCGCGCUGCAGUGUCCCUCAGACCUUGUCCGGCCCCCAUGGCUGUGCUGCUGCCCGAGCCGGUCCCGGCCUUCCCGCCCCCGGGAGCGAGUCUCCCGCUGCGCACACUGCACAGAGCCUCCGCUUGUCCUCUCCACGUUGUCAUCUUGCGCGGGUCCAGCCUCCUGUGGGGCCCUCUGGUGACACAGGACCCCGGGGCGCCAUCCGCCGUGACUGUCCUGGACGUCGACAUGACCUGUCCUGCACGUGGUGACAGCUCACCGCGCCAUGCAGGGGGGCCUGACACGCCCCGGUCCAAGCCCCUGGGACCCCAGCAUGUCACUGCCGGAGGCUGCGGACGCAGGUGCCCGUCCCGCACCACUCUGUGUCGGCUGCACCGCGGGGGCCAAAGACCCCACGGGGACAGGCUUCACGCGGGGCUUGUCUGCACCCAGGGCACAGACUCUGUGAAGACACGGUGCUGGGUUCAACGCAGGCGUUGUGGCUGGCGGAGCUGGGGUGCAGCCCUGCGUGUGUGCCGGGAGGCCCGGGCACAGCUGGACUCCGGGACCGGGGUGGCGGCGCCUGCCACAGACAGAGCUGCGUGCGAGGCAGGCGUCGUCGCCAUCAUUGGUCUGGUGAUGCGCCUCGUGAGGCAGCACGGCUGUGUGUGUGGGAUCCUGACACACGCACAGUCCUGCUCCCCUCGCUGUCAUCGCUGGUGUCCACCCCAUCACGUGGCGCCCCGAGAACACGUCCGGCUUCCUGCGCAAUCUGCUCAGCCGUUGUGCGCCCGGGAGGUGGCCGGCUCCCAACUGUGCCCGGGCGCUGGAAAGGAAUGUGUGUUCUGCAGCUGUGCCUGGCCCGUCGUCUAUUUACGUCCUGGAGAUUAAGCUCGUAAAGCCCCGUGUCCGCAGCGGUCUGUUUUGUUGUCGUCCGGUCUGCCCGCCGUGGGUGCCGGGGCGCUGGGCGCGGCCUCCCCAUGCGCUGGCCCUCGGCACGACCCAGCAGCCUGCGCCACCUCUGCGCUGCGCCCCGUCCGCUCGGGCCACCACCGGCUCACACGACCGAGCCCCAGCAGGCUGUGCUGACUGUCCCUUCCCGGCAGGGCCCAGCCUUCCGCCUCCCCUGUGGGUGUCGUCAGCACGCAGAUGGGCUGCGUGACCACAAGCCAUCAUGAGCUGGGGUGUCCCAGGGGAAAGGGCACGUGUCACGCCGGCCCCCCGUGUCCCGGCUUCGCCGGGCCGCUGCCCAUGGAACGUGUGCCCUUCCCGCCGUCGCACCGCCGGGGACCUGGACGCCAGGCCCCAUGGCCGGGCCGUGCGUGAACGAGGCCUGCGGGGCGUGGGCCGCCUGCUGAGGCUCCUCGUCCUCUGUGCCCUUGAGUGCGGCUCCUAUAAAUAAACGUUAUCUUUCCAGCCCGCGCUGCUCUCUUUGCCAGAAUGUUCUGUCCAUUUAUACUUAUUACGGCUCUCGGCCCGUUUGGGUUUCUUUCUGCUGCCGGGUUUGUGUUGCUUUUACCUGGUCUUUUCUGGCCUCCUGGUUACCUUUUCCUCUCUGACCCUGAGUGUACCUUUCUUUUAGCUCACUGCUUCUCC